UCCUCCUACAACCUACAACGAGGGAACCCGGAUCUAGAUUAUGCAGCUCCAGGCGGAAGGAGCGAAGUACUGAUGUAAUGGCUGCAGCGCUGUGGACUCAUCGUGGACAGAGAUCUGUGGCUGUUGCAGGGACAGUGACCCGGUCGACAUGCAGGUCCAGGUCCACUGGCACCGCGUUAAAGUCCCAGUAUGACGCGCUGGUCAUUGGAGGAGGACACAAUGGACUGGUGGCAGCUGCCUAUCUUCAGAAGGGAGGAGUGAAGACAGCUGUGUUGGAGCGCAGAUAUGUGCUGGGAGGAGCAGCUGUGUCAGAGGAGAUCAUCCCUGGUUUCCGCUUCUCCAGAUGUUCCUAUUUGCUCAGUUUGUUACGACCACACAUAUACAGAGACCUGGAGCUCAAGAAACAUGGGCUGAAGGUCUAUAUGAGAGACCCACAUGCCUUCACCCCCAUGUUGGAGGAGGGGGUGAAAGGUGCUCCACCCAGGUCUCUCACCCUGGGCUCAGACCUGGCCAUGAACCAGACGGAGAUAGGCAAGUUCUCGCAGAAGGAUGCAAAGGCUUUUCCAGAUUUUGUUGCACACCUUGAAAAGCUAGCAGGAGCCAUUCAGCCUCUCUUGGAUGCUCCUCCUGUCGACAUUCGAGACCUCACCACUGGAUCCCCGAUGAAGAGGCUGGCUGCAGCUAAAACACUGAUACCUGUUGCCAAAUGUGGUUUGAAACUGGGCAGAAAUAUUCCAGACUUUUAUGAGAUAAUAACAGCACCAAUAAUGAAGGUUCUCAAUCGGUGGUUUGACUCAGAGCCACUGAGAGCGACGCUGGCUACUGAUGCUGUGAUCGGAGCCAUGACCAGUCCAAGUAAUCCUGGUAGUGGGUAUGUGCUUUUACACCAUGUGAUGGGAGAACUGGAGAAGGAGAAAGGAGCAUGGGGUUAUGUGGAGGGCGGAAUGGGAGGCGUGUCUCAGGCUAUUGCCAGCGCUGCUCAAUCCUACGGGGUUGACAUUUUCACUGAGAAGGAUGUAGCGCAGGUCCUUGUUGGUUCGAAUGGUGCUGCCAGUGGGGUGGUGCUAAAAGAUGGCACAGAGAUCUCCAGUAAAGUAGUUUUAUCAAAUGCUACACCAUAUCUCACUUUCAAAAACCUCACGCCACAGGCUGCACUUUCUCCAGAGUUUAUCAAAGCCAUUGACCAGAUAGACUACACAUCGCCUGUCACCAAGAUCAAUGUGGCCGUGGACAAACUACCAAACUUCUUAGCAUCUCCUACACCGGAUGAUAAACCUGGACCCCACCAUCAGUGCUCCAUUCAUCUCAACUGUGAAAGUGUAGAGGUGCUGGAGACGGCAUACAAAGAGGCCAUGAAUGGACGUCCCUCAGUGAGACCCAUGCUGGAGAUGACCAUCCCCUCAGUGCUGGAUCCUACUCUGGCUCCCCCUGGCUGCCACGUUGUGUCGCUGUUCACCCAAUUCACCCCCUACCACAUAGAAGGCAGAGAGUGGACUGACCAGGACAGAGAGGCCUUUGCAGACACCGCAUUUGACUGGGUGGAGCAGUAUGCCCCAGGGUUUAAAAAGUCUGUUGUGGGAAGAGACAUCUUGGCUCCGCCCGACCUGGAGAGGAUCUUUGGGCUCACUGGAGGGAAUAUCUUUCAUGGAUCAAUGUCCCUGGACCAGCUGUACCUAGCACGACCUUUGCCCUUUCUCUCAGACUAUCGUUCACCAAUUAAAGGGCUAUAUCUGUGUGGCAGUGGCUGUCAUCCAGGUGGUGGCGUGAUGGGCUCUCCCGGAUGGAACGCAGCGCUCACUGUCAUCGCUGACCUGAAACGUCACUGAAACACCUGACAGCAUCAGUGGUCUAUUCAACAACAUUCAAAAUCUUUUUAUAUCUGAUUCAUGUGAAUUUGACUGAUUCUGUGCCAGAAAAACACUCCAGCAACACUCCUGAUAUUAAACAUUAGUGCAGUAAUACUACACAAUCUCCUGGUGUGAUCCCAUGUAACUGAGAAAGCAGAAAAUCACCAAAGUGUAUUUGACAAUAGCUGAUACUUGAAAUCAUUAUAAAAAUGAUAACUGAGCUUUUAUAACCUUUUUCAAAUAAAAUCUAAUGAUUGCAAG